AUGGAACAACACGCCGUUUCUACAUCACGGAAACGACAUGCAGUUUGCAUACCAUACCCAGCACAAGGCCACAUCAACCCAAUGCUGAAACUAGCCAAGCUUCUUCACUCCAGAGGCUUCCACGUCACCUUCGUCAACACCGACUACAACCACCACCGUAUCCUCCGCUCACAUGGCUCCCACGCUCUGGAAGGUCACCGCUCGUUUCGAUUCGAAACCAUCCCCGAUGGUCUUCCUUGGACCGACGUCGAAGACAAGCAAGAUAUGCUCAAGCUCAUAGACUCCACCAUUAACAACUGUUUAUCACCAUUCAAAGAGCUCCUUCUCCGGUUAAACUCUGGUUCUGAUGUACCACCGGUUACCUGUAUAGUCUCCGACGCUUCCAUGAGUUUCACGAUCGAUGCAGCGGAGGAGCUUAAAAUCCCGGUGGUUCUUCUCUGGACGAACAGUGCUACUGCUUUCAUUUUGUAUCUCCAUUAUCAAAAACUCAUCGAGAAAGAGAUAAUUCCUCGUAAAGAUGAGAGUGAUUUGAGGAAGCAUUUAGAGAUGGAGAUAGAUUGGAUACCUUCGAUGAAGAAGAAAAUUAAGCUUAAGGAUUUUCCAGGUUUCGUCUCCACGACGGAUCCUAAAGAUCCGAUGCUUGAUUUCAUCUUACAUGUAACCGGAAGAUCCAAACGAGCUUCUGCGAUCAUCAUCAACACUUUCGAUAACCUCGAGGGUAAUGUUAUCGAAUCGUUGAAAUCUCUUCUUCUUCUUCCUCAGAUCUACUCGAUUGGACCGCUUCAGUUCCUUGAGAAUCGUGAAAUCGAUCGGGAAAGUGAGAUCGGGAAGUUGAAAUUGAAUCUAUGGGAAGAAGAAGAAGAGAUUCAAUGUUUGGAUUGGCUCGAUUCGAAAGCGAAAGAGACUGUGAUUUACGCUAACUUCGGGAGUUUAACGAUGUUGACGAGUGAAGAGCUGAUAGAGUUCGCUUGGGGUUUAGCCGGAAGCGGGAAGGAGUUUCUCUGGGUGGUGAGAUCCGGUAUGGUAGACGGUGACGCUUCGAUUCUUCCGGCGGAAUUUAUAUCGGAGACGGAGAAUCGAGGGAUGUUGUAUACAGGCUGGUGUCCUCAGGAGAAGGUACUCUCGCAUCCAUCAAUCGGAGGGUUUCUAACUCACUGCGGAUGGAAUUCGACGCUGGAGAGUGUAUUCACCGGUGUUCCGAUGAUCUGUUGGCCGUUCUUCGCCGAUCAGAUAACGAAUCGGAAGUUCUGUUGCGAUGAAUGGGGGAUUGGGAUGGAGGUCGGCGAGGAAGUGAAGAGAGAGAAAGUGGAGGCGGCGGUUAGGGAGGCCAUGGACGGAGAGAAAGGUAAAAGGUUGAGGGAGAUGGUGGUGAAGUGGCGGAGCAUGGCGGAAGAAGCUUCGGCUCCACCGUCUGGUUCGUCGUAUGUGAAUUUUGAGACGGUGGUUAAUAAAGUCCUUAUAGGUUCCGAGUAA